UCCAGCUGUUUUGAUUGUUGUUUUAAUUGUUAAUACUUUAUUAUAUUUUUUACUUGUUUAUUUGCUCAUAUUUCUAGUACUAAUAUUGCUGUUUAUUGUUUUUUUUUUUGCUGCUGUAACUCUACUAGCACAUUAUAAGUAAUAUUGUACUUUGUAGAUAAACAUUAAUAAAGAGCAUGUUUGUAAUAAUGUAUUUUUUAAGUGUUUGUGUGGACUUCCCCCCUGCAGGCCUUUCUUUCUGCCGCUGCAGUUCCUCCCGCCGCCGGCCAGUGGCGCUGUUGUCCCCCUGCUCCACUGCCUCUGUCUGCUUCAAGGACUAUGUUGUGAAAAUCUUUGAAACUCUUGUUUUUUAGCGGCUCCGGGGCUCUAACGGGGCUCUAACGGGGCUCUGCGCGCUGUUUUGGGGCCGUGUGAGCGGACAGAGACCCGGUCCCGGUGGUUCUGGUUCCGGUCCUGGUCCUGGUGGUUCAGGUCCUGGUCCCGGCAGCUGUUAGCGGGUUCUGCUCUCACACUGGACGGGGUUUAUUUUUGUUAUUUUACUGCAAACCAAGUCAGCUCAGCAUCUGAUCCUGAAGUCCGGCAGCGGAGCGGACUAAAGUUGUUGUUGGGUCCGGACGGUCCGGGUCCCGCCUGGCUCUCUGGUGAACUUUGGUCGAGUGUCGCGCUGCUUCGUGUUUCUGUCGCGUCCACGCAGCCGUUAGACCCGCGGUAGCAGCAGCAGCUGGUGACGCGGAGCUGCGGGAUCAGAGUCGCUGUGACCCGGUCCGGCCCGGUCCGGUCCGGCUCGGUGGGUCCCGGUGGGUCUGGAGGGGGAUGCGGUAGAGGGGAGGCCGCCCCGCCCCGCUGAUCGGCCCGCUGACUUGGCGGCUCCGGGUUCGCUGGUCGUGAGGCCUGCGGGUCAGGCUUCCGCCGGGCUCGAGUAGAGCCCGACGCCGCCGCAGAGAGGUCGGAGGCGGGCCGGCGGCUCCGCCAACGUCGGGCCCGCGGACCCGGCCAUGGAGCGGAUGGAGGUGGACCAGUGCGCAGGCGCAGCUGGCGGGGCAGGGGGCGGGGCGCUCCGCAGGUCCAACAGCGCCCCCAUGAUCACCAGCGUCAGUGACGGGAUGACCGUCUUCAGUCCGGUGACCUCGGCUCGAUACAGACGCAGCAGCGUGUCCAUCAACCCAAGCUGUCCCUCACAGCUCGUCCCUCUCUCUCCGUUCUCUCUGACCGGAGACAGACUCGACCACAAGAGGACGGAGGAAACCAUGGAAACGACGCUGAGAGGAAGUCUGCAGAGACUCAGUGCUUCCAGUCUGAUCCCAGUUCCUCCAGUCAGUCAGUGGCACGACCACGCAUCAGUGUGGUUUCAGUCACAGGACAGCGGCGUCACGCCAAACUCCUCCCCGAGUCCCACCAGGAGGUUCAGACCGGCAGUGAGCGCCACCGUGAGAUGGCCGGCGUUAACGCCACUCAAGAGGAAAGGUGGGGUGGAGUCUGACGGACCCCCAAAGAAGCUUUUUGUAGCUGGAGUCACAGAUCCGGCCCACCGCAGCAGCUACACAGUCAGUGUGUCUCAGUCGGCGGCGGACUCUCCUCCUGCAGGAGGCGUCAGUCCUCAGUCCAGCCCGUUGUCCCUCUCUCCUCCGCCCUCGUUCACCCCCUUCCCCUCCCACCAGCACCCCGGACACUAAGCCCCGCCUCCCCUCCCCCGACCCCGUCACUGUGGCUGCACGCCGACCACCAGCAGCUCCAGAGGCCUGGAGGAACAUCGACCCCCAUCGCACCUUAUUUCUGCUCCAAUCAUCUGCCAGCAUCGCUGUAAGUCCCGCCUCUUCCUGUGACCACAUUGGACGGACAGAAGGAUCUUUCUGUCUUUAUUGUCAUGGAGAGUUUGGAUAUUUUUCUGCAGCCUUGGAAGCGUUCGACAGAAAACUUUCUUGGAGUUUCUGAUCUGCUCACCAGCUGGUCGGUUGGAUAUUUGACCUAAAAUCACCGCUGCAUCACUCUUUCGUCCACGUUGGACUUUUCUCCAGCUGUCGGACAGAAGGACAUAUUUGUGGCUCUGAGGAUCGCAGGAUAAUAAGAUGUACAAAGGAUUCAUCAUCAGCAUUGUUGUGAGAUCUCGAAAAAACUUUUGGGAAACCGAAGACACACCGGUUGUGUCGUCGUGCGAGAGGCUGGAAAUAAAACCGUUUUGGGUGAUUACGGGGAGCAGAUUAGCAACGGAAACCUCCCAAAUCUCACCGUGUUUGGCUGAUUCUGAUCUGAGGAAUAAAUCGAUAAUUGUUACACAAGUUUUACUUAUGAAACGCACAAGGAUAAAAGAACGAAGCACACAAAUGUCUCUGCCUGAAGAUGGCCUCGCUCUUUGGCUGCAUUUCUCAGUUCUGUCGGAUUCUUUCCUGCGGACGUCGAAGGUGUCGGAGCCUAAAAUGGGACAAAGUUCACGUUGGAUUGAUUCCUGUCACAUCGUACAGCGCACACUCCAGAUGGAGGGCAGGUUUUGGGCUAUUUACGGCUGUUUGAAUCAAUCAAAUUGGGAAUAAUUUGAGUCCUGGAUUAUAGUCAUACAUAAAGUGAGAAAAAAAAAGAAAAGAUGCGGUAUGGCCACGUGAUUAGGAUGUGCCGUGACAUUUGGGAGUUGUUUAGGUAGAAAAUAAUGGCUAAAGUUGGCUUUAUAAAGUAUAUUGCUAAAGUUUGCAAUAUAUAAAGAGAUAGUAAUUCUCAAGCACUUUUAUUCAUCUGGCCAAAAACAGUACUACUUCAGUUCUGACGUCAUGCCCACAAAAUAGUUAUAAUCUGGUAUUCACCGGAAACUUUUUCUUGUGCCCACUGGAAACUAGUUCUGGUACUUACCGGAACCUUUUCCUGCUACUCAAGGGAAACUUUUUCUGGCCCUCAAUGGAAACUAUUUCACAAAAUAAUAAUCCUCUGUGGAGUUCUGGAGGUGUAGGCCAUUUGGGGAAAACUCACUUUUCUUCAUGUUGUAUGGAUCACAUACAGAGUGAGGUUUAGUUUCCGACGAUGCCUCCUGUGUUCAGGUUCCCUGUUAUCAUAUAUCGUUACUUUCUCCAAUUCUUCACAUUCUGCCCUCCAUCUGAGUUUCGUGCGCUGUGAUAGUGACGUCAUUUCAAAACGACCUAGUGAAAGCUGUCCAACCAGUCGAUGUUUAUGAGUUCCUGGUCUCCUCCGGUUAAUUAAUCGGAGGUUCUCAAGAAGGUCUUGAGUUGUAAUCAAGACAUAAUCGCAGGUGACGGAUCAUCGAGGAACUAAAGGAACAUUUGGCUCCGAACCUCCAGAAAACCAGAACCUGCAGCCGGUCCUGGGCUUGUACUUGUUGGAAACCAAGUAUGUAAAGUUAUUGAUCUUUCUAUAAGGAAGACAUCUGAAGACUGAAGAGCGUUCAUGACUGAUGGAUCUGUAGAGGAACAUCUGGGCUCUUAAUCAAACCAGUGAACCAGGGUUACGCACCUGAUGUGCAUCAUAUCUUUUCUACAGAUUUGUAGAUGUUUUAUUUAAUUUAGCAAAUAUACAGAAAUCCAAUGAAACGAUCUCUGUCCCAGCUCCAAAACCACAUGAAGGGGGUAUAGCUUUUUGUAAGGCCAAAACCGGUAGUCACUGAGUACUUUUUGGGGUAUUUUUUUUACUCCAAAUCAGCAGUCAAACGUGAACUUAGCCACUGAACAAAGAUUCAGUCACUGAAGCAUCAGAUUUUUGCGUUUUAAAGAAAAGUUUUCGUUGUCUGUCACGGCUGAAGCCUUUUGGGUUGACCAGAAGAAACUUGACAGACUUAAAUUGUUUGUCUCCAGUUUGUUUGGCCGACAGUUUCUGUGUAGGACGUCUUUCUGCCGGGAGGAGAAACUGGUUUUACAAGCUGGUUCCCGGUCAGUAGAAGUGUGAAGAACUUGUGGUCGGCAGCACCACGUCUGUUUGUUAAUAGUGUAUCUAUAUGUGAAUAUUGACAGUCGGAGCAGCUGAUAUGUGCUCACUUUUCUUCAGCCUGCAUGGUUUGAUUGUACAUAUUGAAUCUGCAGGAAGCGACCAUGCUUUUCCCUCCUAAAGAUGCAUUUUUACUCUCAUUUCCCAGGUAGUUUGCUCUCUGACGGGCUUCAGUCUUUCCUACUUGAAGUCAUCCGCAUUGUCGUUCAUGAAGGUCAUCUGAUUUGUUAAAGAUAGUUUGAAUACGGUGGAAAUCCCCACAAAAUCUUCAUUAUUAGUUUCUGUUUCACAUCACCAGUCAGUAAUCAUUCAAAUUUUCUGCUUUACCUUUCUGACAUAUCUUUUAUACUUUGUUUUGAAAACAGUUGAUCAUUUUCAGUCCAGGGCCGAUCUUGGUUUUUCUGUUAUUAUUCCUGGAUCUUUUCUUUUCUGCACUUAAACACGCUUUAUUUAAUAAUUCAUCAAUUCUAGUUGGAAUCCAAGGGCUAGGCGAUAAUUAAUUAUUCUCAAAAUUCAAUUGAAUCAAAUCUUGAUGAUAUGAACUGAUGUUAUGGUUCUACAGAUUUCUGCAGGCUUUUAUUAAAAACAAACUAAUUUGAUGCACAAAGAUGUGAUUUUGCAGAUUUUUGUCAAAUCGUGAUACAUGCCGUUAUCAGAAAGUAUCUGUGUUAACAUGUUGGUAAUAAUGUCAAACAUAUUGCCCAGCCCUCGGAGGUCCUGUUAAAGUUUUCAUAGCUUCAUUCCAAAGUCUAUGGAGCCUCUAAGAGGACAUUUAUUGUGUCUGCAACACAAGAAAUAGGAAUGAUUGAACCAUCUGGCGCUCACCGGAAACUUUUUCUGGGCACCCACUGGAAACUUUCUGGUGCUUGCAGAAAACUUUUUCUGGUGCUUGAAGGAAACUUUUUCUGGUGCUCAAUGGAAACAUUUUCUGGCGCUCUUCUAAAACCUUUUCUUGUGUCCACUGGAAGCUUUCUGGUGCUCACUGGAAAAAUUUUCUUGCGUUCACCGGAAAAAAAUUUCUGGUGCUCAACGGAAACGGUUUCAGGACACCCACUGGAAACUUUCUGGGGCUUGCAGGAAUUUUUUUCUGCCACUCAACAGAAUUUUUUUCUUGUGCCCACCGGAAACUGUUUCUGGCGCUUAACAGAAACUUUCUGGUGCUCGCAGGAAACUUUUUCUUGUAGAACACAAGAAAAAGUUUCUGGUGCUUAACGGAAACUUUCAUUAAUCAGAAAGGAUUCUGUAAUCAGCUCGUCUCCUAUUAGAUGCUCCAUAAAAAUCAAACAAUCAGUAGAUUUGCACAGAAAUCAUUCAUCCCUUCUUAAUAUUUCUCUCUUCAGCAACAAUUCUCCGAUGUGGUGUGGCGUUAUUUUGAUGUGUGAUUAUUGUUUUUGUCCUCGUCUGAAAUCAAUGCAAUGAUUUCUUGGAGUGUACAGGAUUGUGACUUUGUUGAGUCACAGAUGCAUGUAGCCGUCUCACCCGAGGGGUCAGAGGUCAGAGGUGAGGGCUUCAGAAACGAGCUGUAGCUCUGCUUCCAACUUUUGCACUUGCACAGUAUUGUACAGUUUUGUACUCUCACUCAUCAUUGUGCCUAAACACGUCGUCAUAGUUUGGAGGUUGUUUUUUCCUCUCGUGGGUAUUUAAACAUCAGAUCUGAGAGAUUUUACAUCCCACACUGACAGGAAGCUCUUUUCUUUUUUUUGUCUUUUAUAAUAACCCUGUGAGAGAAAUGUUUGUACAUAAAGUCUCUAUAAGCUGUUUAUAGAAGUGUCUUCAUCCGCUCGCUGCUCUUUCAGCUGCUCCAACAACAAAAAGGUUCCAAAUCUGUUUUAGAUGAUUUGACGUCAUAUUUUUAGUUUUUUUUUCACAACUUUGCACAAAAUACUAGUUAGAUCACUUUAAUCUUUUUUUUUUCCGUUUUGUGAUCAGCAACACGCCAUCAUGUGAGAAAUUCUGUUAAGUUUUGCUGCUUUUUCCUGCUUUAAUUCUUGACUGUGUGAGUCUGUCCUGUUUCAGAGAAAUCAUUGAAAGUCUAAAUUAAUUCCAGACAAGUAUCGGUCCGUGGUCGCUCGAAAAAAAUAACAAGAUUAAGAAGAUUCAUUACUAUUAAAUAAAUUAUCACCAUUUCAAAUUCUUUCGCCUGAAUUUUGCUACCAAUACCAAAAUUAUUUUUUAAAUUUGAGAAAUACUAAUUUUUUACUUUAGAGAAGCCAACACUGUCAGAAGUUUCUAAAUACAAGCAGUUGAAGAAGAAUUGUUUCUCAAUAAAAUGCAGUUUAAAAUUCAAAUUAAUGUAAAAAAAAACUGUCUGAUAAAAGUUUAAUCAAUAAGAUUAUGAAUCUGAUCAAACAUUUUUAUUAAUUUCUAAUACUGGUACUCACCGGGAACUUUUUCUGGUGCUCAAUUGAAACUUUUUACUUGCUCAGUGUUACGAACAUAUUUUGCUUGUUGCCAAAAUACAAACGUAAUGCCAUGCAUUCAGAUGUUUACAUAUUUUUUGGAACUAAAGACAGAUUAUUUUAUCAACAGAAAUUGACGUAAUAAUCAGCAUUAAUUAAAUAUAUUUGUAGGAUUUUGGACCAGUAAAGCACCAUCAUCUUUUCAGCCUUAAUAUUUUGAAUAUUUAACAUUAGUGUGAUGUUUAUUUUUUAUAUAUAUCUGGCGAUAUCUCAGUUUUUACCUCUACUUUACAGUUUAACAAACUCCAAUUAACAGUUUGUGAUCUUUUUUUUCAUUGAUUUUACGUGUUUUUGUACGUAUUGUCCUUCCAAAAAAUUUCCUAAACAUGCACAGAUUUAAUUCAGACGCGCUUUAACAACUUUGACGAUAAAUAAAAACAUAGUUUCAGUCAUUUCCAGAAGCAGGACAGACCCCGCUGAGCUCUGCAGACACAAACUGGAGCUUUAAGAUCGUCUUCUGUCUUAACUUGGUCCCGUACUGUCGCUGAGUUCAAACACAAACAGCUUUUAUGUAGCCGGAUCGAAAUGUUUCUGCUUCAGAGAAUGUUUUUAAGCCAAAAAGUCUUCGUCAGAAUGAAACAAAAGCUGUAAUAUUAGAAGAAAAGUAUUAAUUUUUGUGUUUUUGUCUCGUCCUCGCCAGGUUUCCUGAAGUUCUUUAAAGUGUCUCAGGGCUCAAAUCAGCCCAAUCCCAAUCAUUUUUUCUUUUAAUUUAAUGCACAUUUCCAGCAGAUGGAGGUUUUCAUCAUUUCUGUAUUUACACACAGACAAUAUAUAAUAAUUAUAAAAGUAAUAAUCUUUUAUAAAUGGCACUUUUCUGCUCAAAUUAAAACAAAUAGAAUGGAAUAAAAUUCACACAAAGUAAACACAGAAUAGGAAAACAAUGUUUGUAAUCCUAUAUUUAAAAUUAAGUGAUUUUGAUAAAAUAUAACUCAUUUCAGGUUUAUUUUUCCUGACAGACGAGUUUAUAAAACGUGAUUCAUUUAAGGAGCAACUUAAACUAAAAAACCUGACGAUAAUUUCUGUUUUAAUAGCUUCUGGCUCUGAUAAAUGCAAGAAUCAGCCUUCAAACCCAGUGUGUAUAUUGGACUGGGAACUUUUUCUGGUACUCACUGGAAACUUUAUGUGGCGCUCAAUGGAAACUGUUUCUUGUGUUCCUCAGAAACUUUUUCUGGUACUCACCAGAAACUUUUUUCUGGUACUCACCAGAAACUUUUUCUGGUGCAUAAUGGAAACUGUUUCUUGUGUUCAUCAGAAACAGUUUCUGGUAGUCACCAGAAACUUUUUCUGGUACUCACCGGAAACUUUUCUGGCGUUCUAUGGAAACUGUUUCUUAUGUUCAACAGAAACUUUUUCUGGUACUCACUGGAAACUUUAUCUGGCGUUCUAUGGAAACUUUCUUGUGUUCAACAGAAAUUUUUUCUGGUACUCACCAGACACUUUUUCUGGUACUCACUGGAAACUUUAUCUGGCGUUCUAUGGAAACUUUCUUGUGUUCAACAGAAAUUCUUUCUGGUACUCACCAGACACUUUUUCUUUUGCCAAACUGGAAACUUUUUCUGGCGCCCCCCGUAAACUUUAUUCUUCCCGACAGAUGAGUUUAUCAAACAUGAUUCAUUUGUUUAAAAACCUGACAAUAAUUGAUGUUCUAAUAGAUUCUGGCUCUGAUAAAUGGAAGAAACUGCCUUUAAACCCAGUGGCAUAUUUAAUACAUCCAGUUUUCUUUUUUUUCUUUUUUCUACAAUAUUCUGACCUUUAUAUACACUGAACGAUGAAGGUUUAAACAAAAUAUUUAGUAACAGAAAUAACACUUUAAUGACGAUAUUCAGAAGUUAUGAAAACUCCCAUCCAGCUGAUAUUUUAUUGUGUUUUAAUUUAGAUGUUUUGGGCCUUGUUGACAUGUGAUUUCCCAAAAUUUCAGCAGCUGCUUUUUAUUUGUAGCUUCUUGUUCUUCAUCAUGACACAAGUUAAAGCGUUCUGUUGGUCGACGUAUCAUCCAGAUCUGGACAUUUGUACAUUUUGUUUUAUUGUUAUUUGCUCUCAUGAUGUCAGUGAUGCUUUAAUGAGGUAAUUGAAGUGUGGGAGUUUGUGUCUUUCUGUUUGAGACUGACGUUGGAGCGCGUAGCGAGGAACCUGUCAAAGUUUUUCAGUAUUAAAGCGUUAUUUCACUCUGGCAGAACGCAGUGAUUUCUCAGCACCAGAACUGUCCCUCGCUGUGACCCGUAGCUCCAUCACAUGGUUAGUUCUGAUCCCACUGACUGAUUUAAUUUUUUUUUUUACAAAAGUCCAAAGUUUAUAGAGUUUGCUGAGUUAUAUUUAGAACAUUUUUCACUUGAUCUUGCAGUCAGACGGCUGUUUCUUCAAAUGCACCAGACUCCACUGAAAAAACCCCAAUAAUUUUACAUCACAGAACAUAGUUUUUACCGCUGCCUCGAUCUGUUACGACCAAUCUUUAUGACCACAUCUGCAUCAUGUCUGGAUAAAUAAUCUGACCUGGUGCACACAGCUCAGUGGACUUCAUCACUGUGUCUGGAAGACUGCUGGUACAGCACUGAUACAUCAGUCUGAAGCCAAAAUAAAGAGAUUUAUCUGUGAUUUAAUGUGAAUAAACUGAUCUAAAUGAUGCUGAAAUAACUCCAACAUGAUGCUGAUGUGGAAACAGUCUGAACUGAUGCUUUUGUCAAGAACACAAGAACCCUGCUGUUAAAACGAUGGUUUUCUCAACGGAGUCUGGUUCAAUCACACAAAGUCAUUAAGGUCAACUUGCUCAAACCGCACAAUCUUUGCAUUGACAACCAGAAAAAAAACGUGGGGAACUGAGGUUCUCAUGUUUUUAAGCUUUUUCAGACUGAAUGUCUGAUCAACUAAAGAUUUUUUUCCCGAUUAAAUAAUAUAAGCACUUUAAAUUUACGUGUUUGUAAAACAAAAACGAUACAUUUCCAAAUGUUUCGUGUUUUUCUGACAGGGUAGAAAAGCGGCCACGUGUCCCUGAACUAACCAUUAAUCUGCAUCAUGUAACUGGACACCAGCAGCUUCACAUAUAAACAUCAGCGUGCUGAGAAAUGACGCCGAGCGGCCGGAGUGAGAUACGACUUUUACCAAAAGGGCUGCUAGAGUUUAAUCGACAUGAUAAAGGGAACUAAAGCACAUCUAUGAAAACAUUCAGACAAGUAUUUUCAAAAUGUAAAUAGUUUUCUCUGUUUUUUGUUUUUUUUUGGACAAAUUCUCGACAUAAGACGAAUGAGAUGAUGUAUUUUUAUGCAACUGUAAAAUAAAAUUCUAUAUUCAAGUGUUCAUUCCCUCCUGGCUGUAAAAAUGAUGCAGAAUGACUUUAGUUUUUAGUGGAAACAAUUCAUCGACAUAUUAUAAAUAUAUAUAUAUAAAUAUAUAUAUUAUAUUGUAUAUGAAAACUCAAUAAAAGAAAAUCUGUAUUAUAUCAGAAAA